GUUUUCUGACACCAGUCGCUGUGUUACUGCGGUGUGCUAACGGCAUGUGGUAUCCAAGCAACGCAGAGUGCAGAAAAGACAGUUCUGUAAAGAGAGCAGUGAAGGAAUGUUUUAACUUUGGGGCUUAGCAAUUAUGAAUUGAGAACUAUAUUUCGUUUUUCGGCCGACUCUAGCAGGUGUCUGUACUAUGCUGUUGAAGUUCAGUUUAGCUAUCAGUCUGUUUUAGGCAGGGUAAGUUAAAAUGUAUGGACGAGCUCCAAGAGUGACCUUCAUGACAACAAGCGGCACUUCAGAUACAGUUGGUCCCGGAUCAUACUAUGUCACCCAGUGCAAUUCUAAACCAUCAGAUGGCUAUGCUCCAUUCCUGUCCUUGACCAACAGACAGUCAAUAUUCAGUAAGUCCAGUGAGAAGAUACCAGCACCUGGACAGUAUGACACCUCACCUGUCAAGCUAAACAUCCAUGGUGGCCGCAGUCUCCAGAACCGCUCCAAGCGAUUUGAGGAGGUAGUGUCGAAGGUUCCGGGCCCCGGGGCCUACAAUGUGCUGCCUGCCUCAGGAAACAUGCUCGGGGCCGUGAAGGCUGAUGCAGGACAGUCAAAGAAGCUUGGCAGAAAAAUGGCUAAAAGUCUCCAACUGGUCCGUCAGUCAGAUAUCCCAUCCAUUCCUUCCCCGGGCCAGGCCCAUGGCUAUGAGGAGGACGGCCUGGGUGUGCUCAGUAAGCAGCAGCCCCCUUCCAGGGACACAACCCUGGGGCCAGCCUACUACAAUCCACUGCUAUCAGAGAUGAGUUCUGCACAGAAGUAUAAAGGAGUCCACUUUGGCAACAUGACAGGGAGGAGAGGUGAGGUGACAGUGAAGGAGGGACCGGGUCCAGGACAAUAUGACCCUGAGAUAAACGUUGAAACGCACUAUGAGAAUGUGAACCUUCAAAAGGAGCAGAAAGGCAGAGCUGAGCUUAUCAUCCCUCGCUACCAUGAACUGGUGCCCAGGCAAGAGGAAAAGAAGGCGAAGUCAAAGGGACAGACAGCCAGAACAAGAGGAACUGAGGUACUAUUUUACCCACUAACCAGCCUCAAAAACGGAGGAAAAAGAAGUGCUGGAGCACACAAUGGAGUUCCUGGUCCAGGCCAGUACCACAUCAGAAGUCAGUUUGAGAAGCCUGUGAAGUCCAAUGGAAACCUGCCGAAGUUCAUUUGCCCUUUCCUCUCUCAGACUGAGAGGUUUGGCGUUGUGAAAGAAGUGUCGCCCCCUGUUGGUGUAUAUAAUGACCCGCGCUGUGCCCUGGAGCUGCUGAAGAAGACCACAGGAUUGAAGAAAAACCCAUUUGGCAUCACCACAGUGCGCUUCACUUGUAACCACAAAAAAUGCUCCACACCAGGUCCAGGGUCCUAUAAUGUGUUUGAGCAUGGUUUAGCCCGGGAGAGUUUUAAAAAGGCAUUUUUAGAGAGAACCAGGAAAGGAGGCUUUGGCUCCACUGCUCAACGCAACUUCAUCUUCCACAACAAGGAAUCGAUAGAGGCCCCAAGUCCAGGACAGUAUGAGACAGAAAAGAAGACAGAGGAGCACUACAAAAAGCAGCAGACAGCAGUUUUCAAAUCAGCCACAGAACGCCUGGCAUUAUCACUACUGGCUAAAGAUUCUCCUCCACCCAACAGUUACAAUGUGAGUCAGACAUUUGAGAAGACUAAAGGGCGCUCUUACUUACAACCCCGAAGUGAAGGAGCUAAGAGACGACAGAGCUGCUUCCUCUCUGCUGCACCGCGGGAUAAUUUAUUCCUGCGAUGUGACCCCAGUGUACCAGGCCCUGGACAGUACAACCUCAGUGUGAAAUCCUUCCCUCAAAUGACUCUGAUCUCCUCCAGAGAAGAUCGAUUCAAAGUCUCCAUGAACACCAACCCUGGACCUGGCACUUAUCAGUUGAGUCCUGGCAUCAUGAACACAGUAAUAAAGGGCACCUUCAAUGUGACACUCAACAACCCUCUGGGUCCCUGCUGUUCCCCUCAUGUGGCCUCUGGCCCUUUAACGGCCCACAAGACCAUUAACACUGUCGCACCCAACACCUUCAUCGCCACCAGCACUUCUUAGAGCUCUUUGUGGGUCAAAGUUUAGAGGUGAAAGGCAGCAGUUUGGAGGAAGAGUCUUUAUUGUCGCAAAGUGAAGUACCUACAAUGGACCCUGCAUCUACAGCUGAUAGUUCUCUCAUUCUUUACUUUCAGUAAUGACAAGCCUGACACACUGAUUCAGCUGUUUUUGUGGAUCAGGUCCUUUGUUAAUCAAUAACAAUUAAAAAGCUAUUAGUAUGAAUAUAGCCUGAAGUCUUUCGAAAGCAUGUUAAUCUGGACAUCUCGUCCAUAGGGCACUUUGUUUUCUUAAAGCAGCAAUUAAAAGAUCCAAUCUGACAUAAAUAAGACAAACAUUAAAAAUUAUGAUUUUGCUAUACAGAUUUUACUGUACCGCUUGUAUUGGCUGAUGACAGGAAAUCUGGGUAAGUGGUAGCACAGGAUCACAUGCCUUAAGCUUGAUUUGAACUCACACAAUCUGCCUCUUAACUUCCUGAGGCCAGGAUUGUCAGAAGUCAUGUUUUAUUUAAUGACAAUGAACCAGCUCAUCAGACAAUUAGAAAUAAUGCUAUUAAAAUUCCUAAAUAUCAGUAGCCAUACAUUAUUGCUUAGCAUGCAUAAAUCAUGAAGCCAUUCUUAUGUAUAUUUUUGCUGACUACCAGAGAAACAGGUGUGAAAGUCAUAUAGAAUACUUUUGUUUUAGUUUUGUUGUACACUGAUGCUUUUCUCAUAAAUCAAAUUAGCCUCGCCUUUUGUUUCAUAUACACACACACACACACACAUGUUGCACAAUAUACAGCAACACAGAUCCAAACUAAAAGAGGAAACUGCGUGUGAAAGGGCAUUCAGCUCGCAAAUUUUAGGUGCGAUAGCCUAUUGAUAGUGGCAUUAUUUGGUGCUUUAGAUUUGGUUUUAACUCAGCAUGCAGAGGAGGGAUCUGAUGUGUGACUAGUGCAUUAAAUAUUGAGUGUACAAUGCUCUGGUGCUUUGAAACACCUGUAAGAGGAGAGAGGCUGGAGAGUCAAGAAGAGGGGUGAGAAAAAAGUUGUGUGGAGCAGUGAGGGAGGAAACUAUGCCUUAGGGGAAUAGUUUUUUGGAAAUACACUUAUUCGCUUUCUUGUCGAUAGUUAGAAGAGAAGAUCGAUACAACUCUCAUAUCUCAUAUGGCUCUUAAAUAUGAAGCUUCAGCCAGAACUAGCCAGCAUAAGCUUAGCAUAAUGACUGAAAACUGGGGGGAGUCCCUCCUGAUUUCCUGGGAACUUCACAGUGAGCACUGUUGCCAUCCAAAAGAUAGUAUGGCACAUAACUCCACGUAAAACCACAACUUGUUGUUUUUACACUUACGCUUUUGUAAACGAACAAGCUAUAACCAGUAGGUGAUUUCUUAAUUAUUAACAGGGAGGAUGACCACAAUGGUAGCGGCUCCUCCCCCCGUUUUAAGGUUUUAACAGGGCGUGGAGGGCUCCCUUGUGCCUUUUUUUUCGGAAGGUAGCCUAUUUUUUGCCCCUUUUUAAUUAUAUAUAUAAAUGCUAAUUAUAUAUAUUAAAAAAAGUUUAUGAGCAUUCAUGGGCACUUUUGGUCCGAACUCUGAAAAUUUCUAACCCAGACUCUGUCAUGCUGCUGCUGCACUUUCUCUUUCUGCUGUAGAGAAUAUAGAUAAAUUGUUGAGAAUUAUAAAAUUUUGAUGGAGCAUUUCUGUUUCAAUCAGCACAGCUUUUCUAGCCUUUACGGCACUGGUUUAGCGGCCCGUGAGUCGAUUCAGUAAGUGAGGUACACCCACAGGGAGAGUAGAGACAAAACGAGUCGGAGAAAUAAUGAUCAUGAUCUAAAAAGAGAAAAGUAGACAGCGGAAACAGAGCUUUUAAUCACAAAUGGACUCUUACAUGAUCAAUCUUCCCACAGGCAGUUCAAAACCAGUAGGCCUAUGUCUCAUAUGUUCUGAGAUCAUGGCAAUUAUUAAAAGUGGCAAUGUGAAGCACCACUAUGAGACAAAGCACAGAGUAUCUUUUGAACAGGAUAACAAGGGGGUGGAUUUUGGUAAUUUUGCUAACAAGGGGGAUAGCAUCCCCCUUGUCUCCCCUCAAAUCGUCUACUGGCUAUAACCUGUUAAUUAGUGAUGUUUAGAGGUGCUGGUAGGUGGAUUUUGUUAGCUUCAGAUGGAGCCAUGCUAGCUGUUUCCCCGUUUCCAGUCUUUAUGCUAAGCUAAACUAACUGGCUGCUGACUGUAGCUUCAUAUUUACAAGUACCACACAGACACGAGAUGAGAUUGGUAAUAAUCUUAUCUAACUCUCAGCAAGAAAUGUCAAAGUAUUGCAUUGAAAUUAAGAAACAUUUGCCUUACUGUAACAUGUGAUAUAUCUUUUUGAUUAUACUGUACGUUUAUUUAUCUUCAACUGAGUGGGCUCACAUAAAACAGCUAGGGUUUAACACAAGGGCACACCUAGUUUUUCAGGUGAUCAGACCACUGAAAUCUUAAGGUCUGCCACUGCCUAGUAAGGAUACAUUUUUUUAAAGUCAAGGACAUAGAUAUACAGUAUGUGUUUGAAAGUCAAGCAAUCAAAGUUUUAAAAAACUGAAAAGAAAGUAUAUAUGAAAACAGCUGAAAAGUGAAGUGAAAUAAGUUCCUGACCUUGUAUAUCUGGUAUCAGAGCUGUGACGAGGUGAUGCAGGCGGUUCAAAGUGUCAGAUAAACCACUUUUACUGGCUGUUACCACUGGAGAGUGUAGAUUUAUGCUCCUCUUCUCUGCAGAUCACUCACCAUAAAUCACCUAUUCAUGGCUGUGUGUGAAUGUGUGUGUUCUCAGUCCUUAAAGACAAAGAGAGAAAGAAAACAACAAGAAGUGUUUAAGCAUCAACAGAAGAUGCACAGAUGACACCGUGCAGGUAGCUCUUGUUGUUAGGAUGCAGUUUGGUCAUAUCUGAUUUUAAAUAACCUUUCCAUUGAAUGACUCGCCCGACCCCCUCCCCACUUCCUGUGUAGGAUCCCUCCUUGUCCUGCUGCGUUCAAAAUGUCUCUGUGAGCGUUCAGAGUAACAGGUUCGACGGAUGUCUCUGAUUGUUCCUGUGGGCCUUUUAACCUAAUGAGGUGUUUACCCCCUAUCAUUAUUCAGCUGGGAGAGGAGCAGAGGGAAAUGGAGGGGGGGUGUUAAGAUAUAACAUAAAAUGGAGACAGAGGAAAGCUAAGAAAAAAAGGGGGUGAAGGAAAAAAAGAGGAAGAUGGAGAAAAAAUGAGAUUGUAUAUGGGCAGAGGAAAGAUCAGAGAGUUGAAAGAAAACAAGAGGCAGAGAGGAAGUGGAAAGAGCCUGGUGUUAUUUAUGCCUCCCUCGGCACUCGUCUUUACCUUUUUUUCCCCGCGAGCUGUUUUACAUCGGCAAUCUAAUUAAAUCAAAUAAAUCACAGUGCACGCACGCACACACACACACACACACACACACACACACACACACAGCCACAGCCACAAAAGCCCCUCCUGAUUCUGGGAUUGUGAACAUCUCCUCCCCCUACCCCCUCCACCCAAGAUUGAAUAAAUCUCGAUUAUGGUGCAUUACACGGCACAUCAUUCAUGUUGUUUAUAGGUCUAAAAUAUGCAAACAGACCAGGGGCAUAAAAGUGAUCGAUGCUCAAAUGGGCCCUUUUUUCUGUUCUGUUCCCAUCUCUCACACAGCACCAAGCACCGUCACUUACAGAUGUCUCGUGUGGGAUGAAGACAUAUUGUAUUGUGUCCUUACACUGUCCCCUCAUGAUGGCUGUGUUCAUUGUCUUCGUGCCCAGGCAUCAGGAAGGUAUUUUUAUUACCUCAUUCACUAAAGCGCUCUGUCUCUGCUGUUGAGCCAUUAUUAAAUCUAAUUAGCUCUGCCAAACCUUAAAGCCGUCCCUGAGAGAUCUCUUGAUAAUUGUAAAAUAGAGGUUAGUUGAUCAAUGUUUUUAUUGGUUUAAAGUGGGACAAUAAAUGAAACACAUGCAAACAACUAGCAGCUGCUUAAGCUGCAGUUUGUUUUCAGGAAAUAAGUGCUUCUGGAGUUGUUUGGGCAUAUGUUGUCCAAAUAUGUUGUUAGCAAAUGUAUAAUUUUUUGGCCAAACCAAGCAUGAAAUUAAUAUUCAUAUUCCAUGAUAAACAUAGUUUUGUAAAUGCAUUUCAACUGUUCAAAAAGAUAAAUCUAUACAGAUUACUGUGUAAA